AUGGGCGCAAAUUGCCCGGAUCCUCUCCACCUCGGAGAAUCCCCCGGGACUAAAAAUUGCUAUUCUUCGACGCCGAGCCACAAUUGCAGUUCCGUGGAGGACUUCGGGGUGUCCGAGUCGGAGAAGAAAAUCAUCGUGGACGCUCACAACGGCCUGAGGAUUCUCGUUGCCUCCGGAAACGAGACGCUGGGCAAGCCUGGACCUCAACCCCCUGCCUCCAACAUGCGACGAAUGGUGUGGGACGACGGGCUGGCUGCCACGGCGCAGGGACUGGUCAACACCUGCUUCUUCGACCACGACGAGCCCGACUGCCGCACCUUCAACUGUCUGUCUCCUCUCUCGAAACACGUUAUCUUGGAUGGAUUUUCUCAGGGCAAUGGAAGCAUAACUGAGAACGUGGUGAUAUUUACGAAGGACACGGGACAUUAUACGCAGAUGGUGUGGGCAAACACGUACGCCGUGGGAUGCGGUUACGUUGCCUACAAUAGAAGCAAACUGUACGCUUGCAACUACGGCCCGGCUGGGAACAUCCUAGAGAUGAACAUGUACGGCUUUGGGACCCCCUGUUCCUGUUGCCAGUCGUCCUGCUCUGACGGUGUCCUCUGUGACUAA